AGCUCACGCUGCCUUUUGGAAGCAACAGCGGCGGCUUCUGCUUGUGGGCCCCCUUCGCCAGCCGGGUGCUUCAUGGCCUCUCCCAGGUUAGAAACCUACUGCUGCCCCAACAGGGAUGCAGCCACGCAGCUCGUGAUGAACUUCCAGCCCCAGGUCUUCUGUGGGGUCUGCAUCGGCAGCGCCUCUGCCAGCCUGCUGCUGACCAUCCUGCAGCUCCUGCCGAAGAAGGGGCAGAGCCUGCGGAAGAUGCCCAAGGCCUCCUCCUCCUCCACCAUUCUUCUCCUUAUCUCCGUCUGUGACAUCCUUGGUGGCUCAGGUGUGAUCUUCAGAUCGAGUGUCUGGUUGGGCUUCCCGAGCUUCAUUGCCAACAUCUCAGUGGCCAACGGGACUGACAUAUGGCCCUCUGCCUUCUGCGUGGGCAGCGCGAUGUGGAUCCAGCUGUUGUAUAGUGCUGGCUUCUGGUGGUUAUUUUGCUAUGCUGUCGAUUCUUACUUGGUGGUAAGAAGAUCAGCAGGACGGAGUACAAUUGUGCUGUACCAUAUGAUGGCCUGGGGGCUGGCAGUUUUGCUCUGCAUGGAGGGCGUCAUGCUGCUUUACUACCCGUCCCUUUCCAGCUGUGAAAGAGGCCUGGAGCAUGCAAUCCCACAUUACAUUACAACCUAUGCCCCACUCCUGCUGGUGCUGGUGGUCAACCCAGUCCUGUUCAGAAGGACGGUGACUGCAGUUGCCUCUUUACUGAAAGGGAGACAAGGGAUUUACACAGAGAAUGAGAGACGGCUGGGGACAGAGAUCCAGAUGCGCUUUUUCAAGAUUAUGCUGGUAUUCACUGUUUGCUGGUCAUCUAAUAUCAUCAACGAGAGCCUUUUGUUCUAUCUCGAAAUGCAGCCAGAUAUCAAUGAAACACCUUUGAAAAACAUUAGAAGUGCUGCAUUGAUCACAUGGAUUAUAAUGGGAGUUCUUAAUCCGAUGCAAGGCUUCCUCUUCACAUUAGCUUUCUAUGGCUGGACAGGAUGGAGAGUGGACCUGAAAUGGCAGAAGAGAGAAAUACCCUGGGAAUCAAUGUCCUCAUCAACAGUGGGCGACAAUGACUAUCCCUCACCAGUGAACUACCAAAGCAACGUCCACGAUUCAAAGAAGAUAUCGACCACUGAUAGCCAGCAGACUGAUGAGGCUAUUAGCAUGUUGUCUGAAGGUAACACUAGCAGUGAUGACAGGUUGACCAGGAGCUCUGCCAUCUACCAGGGCUGGUAGCUUAAAGGUGGAGAGCUGAAUCUCACUUCUCCCAUUGUCAAGACUCACAAAAUCAUGGCACUGUGUGAACCACUGCUCACUCUGGAAUUUUUGCCUAAUGGUUUUUGGCUAAUGGCUCAAUGUAAUUUCCUGUAGCUUUUGUUCGUGUGUGAGACUGUGUACGAUGCAGAGAAAUGAUGGUUAAUGUCUUCACUUGCCUUAUAGGAGAUGUGUAGCAAGGUACAAAGGCCUGAUCGCUUUUAGCAGGCGUAUGUCUCUGCAGGGAUGUAUGUUACUUAUGAUUCAUCUGUUUUCUUUCAAUCUCUCCUGUAACCUCCGUAUGGUAGAAGAGUCUUUUGUUUAAAUAAACAGACUAUUAAUAUGUUGGUUUUUAAAA